AUGUUAAUGGUGAUUGGACCAGAUGAUUCCUCACUUUUUGAGUAUGGUAAAUCGCUGAAGGGUGACAGCGCACACUUGUCACAACAGUUAAUGUUGUACUCCUCCUUAGAUCUCCUUGAUGAUGUCCUCUGGACCACAGGUGAUUUCCUCCUCCCUGCAUUUGACCGAGCAUUUGAUGGGAAGUACUUUGUUUCUGCCUAUGUCGGUUUCGCCCCUGUCAAAUUACUACUAAUGCAGGCACAAGAACCCAAUAAAAACACACGACAAUUCCUCAACGAGGCGUAUGAGCUAUGUGUGCGGUACUUACUUAACCCUUUUUCGUAUCCGAAAAAUUCCUUUCGCUCUACAUUAGAGGAAAAACUGCGACGUGUAUAUGAAAGGUAUUUUUAG